CUUAGUGAUACUUUGUUACAUCCAGGUCCUAUGUCAAAGAUGGCGCUCCCCGUUCCUAAGCAAUAGAGGACCUGUUUUGUCAUGGAGAAAAAAGACAGAACUCACAAAAGAGAAUAUGAUAGGUCUACCUACUUCCCAACACUUCCUAUUCACAGCUGCAAGGAAAAGCUUCUUAAGGCCGCCAAAGAUAAUUAUUUUCUUAUUGUAACUGGAGACACCGGUAGUGGGAAGACUACACAGCUGCCACAAUACUUAUAUAAAGCAGGUUUUGGAAAGCAUGGCAUGAUCGGUGUUACUCAGCCACGCCGUGUAGCCACCAUAUCUGUGGCACAGAGAGUGGCAGAAGAAAUGCAUUGUUCACUUGGAAGCACAGUGGGGUAUCAAGUACGGUUUGAUGAUUGCACUUCUGAGGAAACAGUCAUUAAAUAUAUGACUGAUGGAUGUUUGCUGAGACAUACACUUACAGAUCCAGACCUUGUAAAGUACGGCACAAUUGUUUUGGAUGAAGCACAUGAGCGGAGUUUAAGCACAGAUAUAUUGUUUGGUCUGCUGAGGAAACAGUUUCAGCUCAAAAAAUCUUCUCAAAGGAAAUAUCCUCUAAAAGUUAUAGUGAUGUCUGCAACUUUGGAGAUUGAAAAGCUUUCUGAAUUCUUUGACUGUCCAGUAGUCCAUAUACCAGGAAAACUCUUUCCUAUCAAAGAGAAGUUCUUCAACCUAAUUAGCCCCAAAGACAAGGACAGCACUGCUUAUGUUACAGAGACUGUGAAAGUUGCUCUGCAAACCCAUUUAAAUGAGCCUGCUGGGGAUAUUCUAGUUUUUCUUACAGGUCAAUUAGAGAUAGAGAAAGCCUGCAACUCACUUUUCAAAAAAGCAGAGUGUAUCGACUAUCAAUAUGAUGUCUUUGACUCUUCAGUGAAGGGAUUGCUCAUCUUGCCAAUGUAUGGUUCCAUGCCAACAGCUCAACAGAAAAGAAUAUUUCUUCCUCCUCCAGAGGACAUCAGAAAAUGUAUCCUGUCCACAAAUAUAGCGGCAACCUCUGUAACAAUUGAAGGGAUCAGAUAUGUGAUAGACAGUGGGUUUGUCAAACAGCUAAACCACAACCCGAGAGUUGGACUUGAUGUUUUGGAAGUUGUUCCCAUAUCAAAAAGUGAAGCAAUCCAGAGAACUGGUAGAGCUGGAAGAACAGCCCCUGGGAAGUGCCAUCGGAUUUAUAGUGAGGAAUUUUGGGACAAAUGUAUGCCAGAUCACAUGAUACCUGAGAUUAAGAGAACAAGUUUAACAUCUGUGAUUUUGACCCUAAAGUGUCUGGGCGUGCAUGAUGUCAUCAGGUUCCCAUACUUAGAUCACCCAGAAGAGAAAUACAUCUUAGAGGCACUGAAGAAACUCUAUCAGUGUGAUGCUAUUGACAGGAGAGGCAAUGUAACACAACUGGGGCAUUUCAUAGUUGAAUUCCCGCUGCCUCCUAAUCUGGCUUGUUCUGUGAUAAAAGCAGCAUCUUACGGAUGUGAAGAUCUCCUUCUUCCAGUGGCAGCAAUGUUAUCCGUUGAGCAUGUAUUCAUACACUCAGGUGGCUCAAAAAAACCUAAAGAAGAUGAGCAACAAAAUGAGGACUUGUCUCGUCUGGCUGGUGGGAACAAUGACUUUGCUACACUGCUUUACAUUUCUGAACAGUGCAAAUAUAGUGAAAAUCCUUCAUCAUGGUGUCACAAAAAUGGAGUGCACUGGAGAGCUUUAAAAUCAGCUUUAAGUGUAGAAAAACAGCUUAAAGAAAUUACAAACAGACUGAAAGAGAUGAGGAACUUCCCAAGGGAAAAGUUUGAUGGUUCCAAAAAUGAAAUGCUUAGACGGUGUCUUUGUGCUGGGUACUUCUCCAAUAUUGCUAGAAGGUCAAUUGGAACAACAUUCUGUACCAUGGAUGGACACGGCAGCACAGUACACAUCCAUCCUUCAUCAGCUCUUUGUGGUCAAGAAGCCCAGCUAGAAUGGAUUCUCUUUCAUAGUGUUCUGGUCACGACAAGAAUAUUUGUCAAAACAGUUUGUCCCAUACGCUAUGAAUGGGUUAAAGACUUGCUUCCAAAACUGCAUGAUAUUGAUGCAUAUGAGUUAAGCAGUGUGGCUAGAGAAGAAGUUACCGAAGAGGAAAUAGCCAAAUGGGAGUCUAAAGAAGAGCUAAAACAGCAUACCGAUGAUAUACAAUCAAAAAUUCUCAAGACCCUAAAGAGAAAUGAUGACAAAUCUAUAUCAGACGCAAGAGCUCGAUAUCUUCAAAGAAAACAGCAAAAGUCUGAAGACCCUAAUAAUCAGGGGAUGGAGAAAAGUUAAAGGGACCGUUUACACCAAUUUCCAUAUAACUGCAUGUAAUAGACACUAUUAUAAAAAAAAGAAUAUGCACAGAUACUGGUGUAAAUAUCCAGUAUAAAACCAUUUAAAAACAUACUUAGAAGCUCUGUGUUGAUGAGGUUAGGCUGGGAAACCAAGAAGAGCUGACACUCCCCCCCCCCCCCCCCACACCUACCUUGCAUAUGAAAAGACCCAAUGCACAACCAGGAGUCAGUAGACAUCAGUAAAACUUUGGGGCUUGGUUGGGAGUCUGAAAUCAGCACAAUGUUAUUUAAAAAUAAGCAAAACUAUAGAUUUUUACUAAAACACUCCCAGAAAGGCAAUAAAUGGAUUGUCUACAAAACAUUUAUGCAAAGAAAAAUCUAGUGUACAAUGUCUCUUUAACUAUGGAAUUACUGUAUUCUUGUAUUAGUCAACGUUUCUAUCUUAAGCAGUGUUAAUUUUGAUCUGGUAUAGAUGCUCAUAUUUUAUAUAUCUCAGGGUUCUUUAAUCAGGUGUUUACAAGAAUUAAAGGGACAUUAAAAUCAUAUUUUGAUUUAUGCAUACAACUUUAUUUACUGCAUUGCAAAAAGAUCUGCAUGCAAAAUAAAUAUUUUAAAAAUUA